AACGCAGGAAAAAGGCCAAAAGCCGCUACCACCUAGCGCCACCCGCAGAAUCGGAGCUUUUGAAGCUCAGAUUUGUCCUUGAUCUCUGAAAAUCUAUUUUGGUUGCUCGAAAAAUUUGUCUGAGGUACCCAAUUCAUCAAAAUGCACGAUUUUUGCUUUACGAUCCCAUAUGGAUUGAUCAUGGUUGCUGGAGGGCUUAUUGGAUAUCUUAAAAAAGGUAGCACAGCCUCCUUGGCUGGAGGAUUGGGUACAGGAUCUCUGCUCCUUCUUGCAGGUUAUGUGAGUCUCAAAGCAUUUGAGAAUCGAAGGAAUUCUUAUUUGGCCUUGAUUCUCGAGACAGGUUGUGCAUUCACAGUUACUUUUGUCAUGGGACAGCGGUAUGUCCAAACCUCCAAGAUAAUGCCUGCUGGAAUUGUUGCUGCAAUCAGUGCUCUUAUGGCUGGAUUUUAUAUAUACAAGAUUGCAAGUGGUGGGAACCAUUUUCCGUCCAAGUCUAAAUCGAAGUAGAAAAUAUCUUGUGACAUGAACUUCUAAGAUGUAGUAUCCAGUUACCUGAAUUGAGCAUGCUCUGUGUAAUGUGCCAUUUUUUUCCCAUCAAAGUAAGGUGUUAUGUAUGUCUGUAAGUGCAAAACAUGUUUCCUAGUUAUUUGACUUUUGUGAAAGAUUGAAUACUUCUCUAAUGCAUAAAAAGUUCUAACAAGAGGCUAUAUUAAAUUGCUGAUAAAA